AUGGAUCGUAUCAAUAAUUUAACCAAGAAAAGAACCAUUCUGUUCAACAAAUACGAGAUAGGUAAAACUCUAGGUCAAGGAAAUUUCGCCAAAGUGUACCAUGCAAAAAACGUUAGCACGAACGAGAGCGUGGCUAUAAAAGUGAUUAAGAAGGAGAAGCUCAAGAAAGAGAGGCUUAUGAAACAAAUCAAACGCGAAGUUUCUGUUAUGAGUCUCGUUCGUCAUCCUCACAUUGUUGAGUUGAAAGAGGUUAUGGCGAACAAAGCCAAAGUGUUCAUGGUCGUUGAAUACGUCAAAGGCGGCGAGCUUUUCGCCAAAGUUGCGAAAGGGAAGAUGAAAGAGGAGAUUGCGAGGAAGUAUUUUCAACAAUUGAUUAGUGCUGUUGAUUUCUGUCAUAGUCGCGGUGUUACGCAUCGUGAUUUGAAGCCGGAGAAUCUGUUGUUGGAUGAGAAUGAAGAUCUCAAGGUUUCGGAUUUUGGAUUGUCGGCGUUGCCGGAUCAACGAAGAUCCGAUGGGAUGCUUGUUACGCCGUGCGGGACUCCGGCGUACGUUGCGCCGGAGGUUUUGAAGAAGAUUGGAUAUGAUGGAUCGAAGGCUGAUAUUUGGUCUUGUGGUGUGAUUCUGUAUGCUUUGCUUUGUGGAUAUUUGCCUUUUCAAGGGGAGAAUGUGAUGAGGAUUUAUAGUAAAUCUUUUAAAGCGGAUUAUGCUUUGCCGGAAUGGAUAUCGCCGGGGGCCAAGAAAUUGAUUAAGAAUUUGCUUGUUGUUGAUCCUGAAAAGAGGUUUUCGAUUGUUGAUAUUAUGAAAGAUCCUUGGUUUCAAGUAGGGUUUAUGAGACCUAUUGCUUUUUCGAUGAAGGAAUCUGCUGUGGAUGAUAACAUUGAUUUUAGUGGUGAUGAUGAAGGGAAUUGUGAUGGGAGUAAUGCUGAGGCUGUGGCUGGGAUCGGUACCAAACAUGCCAGGAGGCCGUCUUAUAAUGCGUUUGAGAUCAUUUCGUCCUUGUCGCAUGGAUUUGAUUUGAGGAAUUUGUUUGAGACUAGGAAGAGAUCGCCGUCCAUGUUUAUAUCGAAAUUGUCUGCCUCGGCUGUGGUUGGGAAGCUGGAGAGUUUAGCCAAGAAGCUGAAUUUGAAGGUGACGGGGAAGAAGGAUUUCAUUGUGAGAAUGCAAGGGGCCACGGAGGGGAGGAAGGGGAAAUUGGGUAUGACGGUGGAGGUGUUUGAGGUUGCGCCGGAUGUGGCGGUGGUGGAGUUUUCUAAAUCAGCUGGAGAUACUCUAGAGUAUGUGAAGUUCUGUGAAGAUGAAGUUAGACCUUCUCUCAAAGACAUUGUGUGGAGUUGGCAGGGUGAUUCUCAUUCAUCCUGCUAA